GUCUUUCAGAGACAAAUUAAACAUGGCCGCAUAAAGACUUCCGUCAUGCAAUAUGGCGGCCGUCUCUUUCCGGUUUAUCGUUGAACGUGAUAUAAGAUACGAUGAAGGCGAAGGGUGAACUGAAGGAAUUCGAGGUGAUUGGGCGCAAGCUCCCCACCGAGAAGGAAAAAACUACACCGUUGUACAAAAUGAGGAUAUUUGCACCAGACGCUAUAGUAGCCAAGUCCAGGUUUUGGUACUUCUUGCGUCAACUAAAGAAGUUCAAGAAGUCCACUGGAGAGAUCGUGUCCCUUAAGCAGAUUCCUGAGAAAACUCCGACGAAAAUCAAGAACUUUGGGAUCUGGCUAAGGUAUGAUUCCCGAUCUGGUACACACAACAUGUACAGGGAGUACAGAGAUCUCUCGGUCAGCGGAGCGGUGACGCAGUGCUACCGGGACAUGGGUGCUCGUCACCGCGCGCGCGCUCACUCCAUACAGAUAAUCAAGGUGGAGGUCGUGAAGGCUGCGAACUGCCGCAGACCCCAGGUGAAGCAGUUCCACGACUCCAAGAUAAAGUUCCCGCUGCCCAAGCGAAUCCACCACAGGAAUCGAAUGCCAUUGUUCAGCGUCCGGAAGCCGCGCACCUAUUUCCUCUAAAUACAGUUUUUGUACUGCGACGCUACUUUUAAAAUUCUGCAGAAAAUAAAGGGACUUUCGACAUA